AAAUCUGUUCUAACCAAUCCUUCGUUUGGCUGGAUUGAACUCCAUACCUAUCUUUCACCAUGAACAUCUUCAGGUUGUCAGCCGAUUUCUCUCAUCUCGCAUCUAUUUUCAUUCUUCUGCAGAAGAUGAAGUCAUCGAGUAGCUGCUCGGGGCUAUCAUUUAAAUCUCAGGUUCUAUACCUAAUGGUUUUCAUCACGCGAUAUCUUGACUUGUUUUGGGCCUUUACCGACUCCCUCUACAAUACAACUUUCAAAAUCUUGUUCAUAGGCUCUUCAGCUUAUAUCAUUUAUCUUAUGCUCACCGAGUACAAGCCCACGCAUGAUCCGAACCUCGAUACCUUCAAGGUGCAAUAUCUUCUCUGCUUCAGUGCCCUUUUGGCUUUGUUGUUCCCCCACGACUACACUAUCUCCGAGAUCCUUUGGACGUUUUCCAUAUGGUUGGAAUCCGUCGCCAUUCUUCCGCAGCUUUUCAUGCUCCAGCGCACCGGAGAGGCAGAUACCAUAACGACACACUACCUUUUUGCGCUAGGCCUCUACCGCGCUCUUUACAUCCCCAAUUGGAUCUACCGGUAUUAUGCUGAACGUCACUUUCACAUCAUUCCAGUCAUUGCUGGCAUCGUACAAACACUACUGUAUUCUGAUUUCUUCUAUAUUUACUAUACCAAGGUGAUGAAGGGUAAAAAGUUCUCACUCCCGGUCUAGACUAGGUUCUAGCGUGGUAUGCUUUGACCCACAAACAACAUAGGGCUGCUCGAUUUGCGGAGUUUCAUUUGACUUUACUCUUACAAAGAAACACAUCAUCUAUCAGCAGGGCAAUGUUUGACGCUGUCUUUCCCUUUCAUCUCGAUUGUGCUUUUCCGCAUCGUCUAUCUCCCGAUUUAUCAUGGAAUAUGUAUUUGUCAUUGCCUAAUCUUGGUGGUCAAUCUGUACUGUAGUUGGAAAAUUCUAGACUUCUAUUCUCAGAGGAUGGCACUGUUAUGAAAAUCAUUACAACAAG